GAGCAUUUUAUUUAUCACGAGCAUUUUAGUAAAAGUAGUACCCGGCUGGGUUAGGAUGUUUCAAUUGAAGAAGCUCUAUGCCGGCGUUGACCGUGGAAGAGAAGCAGAGACGGAGAGGGAGACGACGGUAAUCGUUGGGGAGGCCUCGCCAGCCGUCGAGGCGGAGAAGGGUUCUUCGCGUAGAAAAAAGAAGUAUGGAGCGGGCAGAGGUGACGGUUGUCCGCUGGAGCAGUGUUUUGAGAGGGCAGAGUCGCGCGAGGAGAUGCUGCCUGGGAGAGGAGCAACGGCGGAGAUGGGAGGCGAGCUCGGGGAGACGGAGCUGUGGACGAGGGUGGCCGGGUCGAGCUUGUCUCUAUGCCGCCUGAGGAACCCAUCGCCGACGUAGGAAGUACCGGCAAUGAAGGGGAAGACGAAGCUGGCGACUGAGUGGCCGAAAAAGGAGAUGUCGGCGAUCGAAGAGGAGGUCUCCAUCUUCCUCUCGUUCGUGAACCCUAGGCAAGAGGCUGUCACUUUUGGCCCGAGUCAGCAGAGUGGGCCAAUUUGGGUUGCUUUGCUAGUUGGGCCGAGUCUACUGCACCACGGGGAGGAAGUGGGUCGCGCAGGCGUGAAACACAUGCCGACUUUUGUUAGGCUCGUCUGGGGCGAGUUGCGCCAGUGGAAUGGGCCGAAGAAUGAUCUCAUUGGGCCGCAUCUGCAAGGAGCAAUUGAGCCCAUUACAUAUUAUGUUAUGGUGAAGGUGGACUUGAAGGAAGAGGAGCUGAAGGGUUUAGCUGGUGGGCUUUCAAGAAAUGUUGGCCCAAAAGCACGUGGAGAAGGGAUACUGCAAUUGAAUUGGCUAAACCCAAUAAACAGUUUUGAGGGCCUUGAUGAGUUGGUAUUCAAGGAUAAGUUCUUGUGCAAUAAAGUACCCUUGAAUUG